CAAACAGGGGAGAGGAGGGCACACGCGGGGAGGCGGGGCUCGAGCCUCGAGAAGGACGUGGCCGCCGCGGCCCCCGCCUCCACCCGCUGCAGGUCUGGGAUCCGCGCGCGGGGCCGCGGGGCCCCGGUUCUGCCCCGGACGGAUGGCGGACCCCGGCCCGGAGCCCGAACCAGAGCCGGAGUCGGUGUUCCCGCGGGAGGUCGGGCUCUUCGCGGACUCCUACUCAGAGAAGUGCCGCUUCAGCUUCUGCGGGCAUGUGCUGAGCAUCACGCAGAACUUUGGGUCCCGCCUCGGGGUGGCGGCGCGCGUGUGGGAAGCGGCUCUGAGCCUGUGCAAUUAUUUCGAGAGUGAAAAUGUGGAUUUCCGAGGCAAGAAAGUGAUCGAGCUGGGCGCGGGGACGGGCAUCGUGGGGAUCUUGGCGGCGCUGCAGGGGGGGGAUGUUACCAUCACUGACCUGCCUCUGGCCCUAGAGCAGAUCCAGGGCAACGUCCAGGCCAAUGUGCCAGCUGGAGGCCAGGCCCAGGUCCGUGCCUUGUCCUGGGGGAUUGACCUGCAUGUCUUCCCUGGAGACUAUGACCUGGUACUGGGGGCUGAUAUCGUGUACCUGGAACCCACCUUCCCACUGCUGCUGGGGACCCUCCAACACCUGUGCGGGCCCCGCGGCACCAUCUAUCUGGCCUCCAAGAUGAGAGAGGAGCACGGGACAGAGAGCUUCUUCCAGCACCUCCUGCCCCAGCAUUUCCAACUGGAGCUGGCCCAGCGGGACGAGGAUGAGAAUGUCAACAUCUAUAGGGCCAGACACAGGGGGCCGAGACCAGCUUGACAUCGCCCCUGCUGUUCUUCUCUACCCCUUGCCCUAAUGAAGUAGCUGCAGACCUCCAGAGCCAUAAGCACAAGGACCAAAAAGAAUGGAUUUCCCUGGCCUCUUUCUCCUCCUUCCCUCUUGUUUUCCCAAAUACUUGUGGACAGGUGCAGGGAGGUGCUGGCUGACAAGGAAUCCCAGAGCCCUGGCAGCACUAGUGUUAGAACCCCAAGGAGGUUCCUAGCUCCUGUUCUCAGCAGAGGAGGAUGGAGUGGCAUCUAGGAUUCCUAGGGAUGAGAGAGGUCGAUGGGAUGGAGAGCAGUGGCUGGACUGUAGACAGACUGCCACUGAUCGUUUCCAGUCCUGUUACUGUCUGUUUAUACACGAUGGACUUUAUUUCACCACCAAAUUCUAUGGGAUUUUUUUUGAAGGGGAAAGAAGCAUUACAAAUCUCUUCUGCAUCCAAAGAACUCAGCUUUUGCUGGGGGCCAA